GUCUCCCUCCCCGCAUUUCUCCUCCAUCUCCAUCUUCCUUCUGUUCCACACUUCCUCCUUGUUUCCUUUCCUAGCUAGCUCUCUUCUGCUUGCUUGCUCUUCACAUUUCUUGUUUCUCCUACCCAACUUCCACAGACCUCAAUUUCCUUUAUUCUUCGUUCACUCACUUUUCUGACAUGGCGCCCCCAAAUGAUCCAAUCAAUUCAAUCUUCAGCGUCCUCAAACCCGCCAAAACCGACAACCUUUUUCAACUCCAUGGCGGGAAGCUCUCCCUCAAAAACGUUCCCCUGCUAUCCGAAGUUCCCCCCAAUGUCACUUUCAAACCCUACUGCUCCGUCUGCCCCUCCUCCGACGCCCCACCCCCCCUCUUCCACCGCGCCCAGUCCCUGUCUUCCAAGGGCGGAUUCCUCGGAUUCGCCCAGGAUGGGCCCUCCGACAGGCUCACCAAUUCCCUCGGCAAAUUCACCGGCAGGGAUUUCGUCAGCAUCUUCAGGUUCAAAACCUGGUGGUCCACCCAGUGGGUUGGGAACUCCGGCUCCGACGUUCAAAUGGAGACGCAGUGGGUAAUGCUCGAUGUCCCCGAGAUCAAGUCCUACGCCGUCGUCAUCCCCAUCGUCGAAGGAAAAUUCAGGUCAGCCCUUCAUCCUGGACUCGACGGCCACAUGCUCAUCUGCGCCGAAAGUGGUUCCACUCGCGCCAAAACAUCCUCUUUCGAUGCAAUUGCGUAUAUUCACAUGUCCGACAAUCCUUACACUCUGAUGAAAGAGGCUUACACUGCCAUCAGAGUGCACCUCAACACCUUCAAGCUCAUUGAAGAAAAAACUGCGCCGCCACUGGUGAACAAGUUCGGAUGGUGCACCUGGGAUGCAUUCUACCUGACCGUGGAGCCUGCCGGAAUCUGGCAUGGAGUGCAGGAAUUUGCAGAUGGUGGCUUCUCCCCGAGGUUUCUCAUCAUUGACGAUGGGUGGCAGAGCAUCAAUAUGGACGAACAGGACCCCCAUGAGGAUGCCAAGAAUCUUGUGCUCGGGGGGACUCAGAUGACUGCCAGACUUCACAGACUUGAUGAAUGCGAGAAGUUCAGAAAGUACAAGGCCGGAUCAAUGCUGGGGCCGAAUCGCCCCAAAUUCGACCCCAAGAAGCCAAAGCUGUUAAUAUCCAAGGCGAUUGAGAUCGAAGUUGCGGAGAAAGCCCGUGACAAGGCGGCUGAAUCUGGGGUCGCAGAUCUGUCUCAGUACGAGGUUCAGAUAGCAAAGCUGCAGAACGAAUUGGACGAAAUGUUCGGCGGUGGAGGGGAAGAAGAGAAGGGUGGAUCGAACAAAGGCUGCUCAAACUGCUCUUGCAAGUCUGACAGCUCUGGAAUGAAAGCAUUCACCAGUGAUCUGAGGGAGAGAUUCAAGGGGCUGGAUGAUAUAUACGUUUGGCACGCCUUGGCUGGAGCCUGGGGUGGGGUUAGGCCAGGGGCAACCCACCUCAAGUCGGAGAUUAUUCCAUGUAAAUUGUCUCCGGGGCUUGAUGGAACCAUGACUGAUCUUGCAGUCGUCAAAAUUAUCGAGGGGUCGGUGGGGCUGGUUCAUCCAGACCAAGCUGCUGAUCUGUAUGAUUCCAUGCACUCUUACCUUGCCAAAUCCGGAAUUACAGGAGUCAAAGUGGAUGUUAUCCAUAUGCUUGAAUAUGUCUGCGAAGAGUACGAGGGCAGGGUCGAGCUUGCCAAGGCUUAUUACAAGGGGCUGUCGAAAUCCCUGUCCAAGAACUUCAAGGGGACAGGGCUCAUCUCCAGUAUGCAGCAAUGCAAUGACUUCUUCCUGCUUGGAACUGAGCAGAUAUCCAUGGGAAGAGUCGGGGACGACUUCUGGUUCCAAGACCCUAAUGGUGACCCGAUGGGAGUGUACUGGCUGCAAGGGGUACACAUGAUCCACUGCGCCUACAACAGCAUGUGGAUGGGGCAAAUCAUCCAGCCCGAUUGGGACAUGUUCCAGUCCGACCAUCUGUGCGCAAAAUUCCAUGCCGGCUCCAGGGCCAUCUGCGGCGGUCCCGUUUAUGUGAGUGAUUCUUUGACUGGCCAUGACUUUGAUCUUCUGAGGAAGCUGGUGUUCCCUGAUGGCACCAUCCCCAAAUGCAUCCAUUUUGCUCUCCCGACAAGAGACUGCCUCUUCAAAAACCCCCUCUUUGACAGCAAGACCAUUCUCAAGAUAUGGAACUUCAACAAGUAUGGCGGCGUUGUUGGGGCCUUCAACUGCCAGGGCGCCGGAUGGGACCCCAAGGAACAGAGGAUCAAAGGUUACUCCCAGUGCUACAAGCCACUCUCCGGUUCAGUUCAUGUAAACGACAUCGAAUGGGAUCAGAAGAAUGAGGCAGCCGGAAUGGGAAGUGCUGAGGAAUACGCUGUGUACCUCACGGAGGCGGAGAAACUGUUGUUGGCGAAGCACGAUUCAGGGCCCAUCUCAUUCACCCUAAAGUCGUCGACAUUCGAGAUCUUCAGCUUCGUGCCAAUCCAGAGGCUGGGGCAGGGGAGUGUGAAGUUUGCACCGAUUGGGCUGACCAACCUGUUCAACUGUGGAGGGACCAUUCAGGGGGCGGUGUACGAUGAGGGCGUGGCGAAGAUUGAAGUGAAGGGCGAGGGGAGGUUCCUGGCAUAUUCGAGUGGUUCGCCGAAGACGGCGUACGUGAAUGGAGGUGGGGUGGGGUUCGAGUGGGCAACCAGCGGGAAGCUGAGCGUCGACAUUCCAUGGUAUGAAAACUGUGGUGGAAUAUCCAACGUGACUUUCGUUUUCUGAGUGAGUGAGUGAAUUUUCAGCCUUCAUUUUGCACGUGUUGGUUUUUAAGCAUAACUACACUACUAAAUAAAGUCCUCCAUGCCUGCCUGCCUGUCUGUCUGUCUGUGUCUGUAUGAAAUGGCCCAAGGUUAAGCCAUGGAACUAUCUAUCUAUCUAUGUAUGAAUGUUUCCCUUCACUUCAAAUGAAAAAUACAGCUGCUUGGCUUGGCUUUUUCCA